CCAGUAGUAUCAGCAGCAGUCGUAGCAGUAGCAGAGAAACUCGUGCUCCGUCCACUCACCAAUGACAGGGACACUAAACUCACAAAUAUGCGCCUGGAUACUGACUGAUAUUUGGCUGGCUGCAUUUUCCUACAGUUAUCAACAACGCUCUGUGGAGCUCUCUGUGAUCUGAAAAGCCCAGUAACUUAACUCUCGGCUAUGGAUCCAGACCGACAGAAACGAAGGGAGGAGAUUCAGAAGGCAAUGAGCUUCAUCCAGUCAUCAUUGCCUUUUCCAGAGCCAGAGAGUUAUGAGGCAUUUCUGACUCAGUUAGUGUGUAAUUUGCUGGAUGAGGGAAAUGCUUGUUUUCGAGAUGGGGACUGGCGUCAAGCAACCCAGCAGUAUGGAGAAGGGAUCAGUGUUGCCCGUUACGCCCAGGCCGAGGCCCUCAUCAUCCCCCACGAACUGCUGGAGAGCCUCUAUGUCAACAGGGCUGCUGCCUUCUACCAGACGAGGGACUAUGAGCGAGGUGUUCAGGACUGUGACAGUGCACUGUGCGUAUCAGAAGGCAGUCGCAGGGCUUUGUACCGUAAAGCGCUCUGUUUGAGGGAGCUGGGGCGCCUCAGAGAAGCUUACGAAUGUGGAACCAAGUGUCUCCUCACAGCACCACACGACAGACAGGUGAGUGACCUGGCCCAGGAUCUAGCCAACAAGCUGGGCCUUAAGGGUCGGAAAGCCUACGUUAGCCCACAGAUAGAGUCCACAGCCACAGAAGGGGAGAGUCUUGGGGAGACUUCUCCACCCACUGGAGAGAUGUCGUCCAAUGGGCUGGAAUCUCUGGGAGACAUUGGACCAGCUGACCUCUCCAGUGCACAGUGUAUCCCUGCUCCUUUGGCCACACCCAUCCCAGUGAGCGAUGACCCUGCAACCACUGUGGUGACCUCAUGCACUGACCUGUCAGAGAGCCCCAGCAGCCAGGGCUUGCCUCCCAUGCAAUACUCAGUCCCAGUGUCGGAGCACAUGGAUGAAUGCAGCAGCAGUGUCAUUAAAAACGAGAUGGACAGCCUGUUGGAAUGCAUCCCCAAGAAAGUCAGUGAGAGUCCAGUUCAGGGUGCUAUCCCCACCAACCUUCCCAAUACAGCAGUUGGUCUCCGGCCUCCUUACUCACCUAGCCUUCCAGCCCCGUCACCCCAGCUUCCUCAAGCCUUCUUCAGCUCCUCCAUCAGUGAAAUGCCUCUGGAGCCUUACUCAGCGCUGCGGGACCAGGGCUCCACCCAGGCGCAGGACGCACUGGGAGGCUUCUCCACGGGGGCCACAGAUGGAGAAGGGAAGGCAGGAGUCGCCGCAGGCGGGCUUGACUCGUUGUCUGAGUACACUCUCCCUGGGGGACGAGUGUGUCACAGUUUCAUCCCUGGAAUGCGCAACCACAGUGCUGCACAUGCAAACGGCCCAGCAGGAACCAACCUCUCUCUGCUCUCCAGGAAUCCUCUGGCAGCCACACAUGAGUUUCGGCAGGCCUGUCAUGCCUGUUACAGCCGAAUAGGUCCACGAGUGAUGGACUACAAGUAUCAGCCAGAGGCCGCACACCGCUGCAAGAGAGAUGUGCUGCUGUGUCGCCUCAAAAACACAGAUGACCCUACCUGGAAAAGGAUCCGGCCCCGACCUGCACGGAACAACUUCUUGGGGGCAUUUGUACUCUGUAAAGAGGUGCAGGAACGUCAGGAGUGCCAGUACGGGGAGAACUGUACGUUUGCAUACUGCCAAGAGGAGAUUGAUGUGUGGACGCAGGAGAGGAAGGGUGCGCUGAGCCGAGAGCUGCUGUUUGACCCACUGGGCAGCACCGAGCGACGGGCGCUCAGCGUCACCAGACUGCUGCAGCUCCACAUGGGCAUGUUCAUGUUCCUCUGUGAGGAAUGUUUUGACAGUAAGCCUCGCAUCAUCAGCAAACGCAGCAAAGAAAACUUAGCGGUCUGCUCAAACCUCACAGCUCGACACCCCUUCGACGAUAACAAGUGCCUGGUGCACGUGGUGAGGUCAGCCAACGUACGCUACAGUAAGGUCCGACCCCUGCACCCCCUCUGCCAGUUUGAUGUUUGUCGCCAUGAGGUUCGCUACGGCUGCCAGCGUGAGGACAGCUGCUCCUUUGCUCACUCUGUCAUAGAGCUCAAAUGCUGGGUUCUACAGCAGGACACUGGUAUCACCCAUGAGGAAAUGGUGCAGGAGUCUAAGAGACACUGGCAAAGGCUGGAGCAGAAUGCACAGAAGCAGCAGAAGCCUAUCCAUUUACCCCAUCCUAACAGCAGCAUACCAACUGGAGGGCUAGGGGGGAUCGGGGGAGGUGGCGUAGGUGGAGACGGCAUGGGUGGGGGUGGUGUGAGUCCAGUGGGAGGAGUUGGGGUGGGAGGGUUAGGAGCAGGGGCAGGUAGGGGGCGGCCCUUGAACCUGAAAAUGAAGUUUGUGUGUGGUCAGUGCUGGAGAGAAGGUCAGGUCAACGAACCUGAUAAGAACCUCAAGUACUGCACAGCGAAGGCGCGCCACAGCUGGACAAAGGAGCGCCGAGUCUUACUGGUAAAAUCAUUUGAAAAGAAGAAGUGGGUUGUCGUUCGGCCUCUUCCUUUCUCCCGCACCUAUCCACAGCAAUAUGAUAUGUGUGUGCACGUGAUGAAGCAGAAAAAGUGCCACUAUAUUGGGAACUGCUCCUUCGCACACAGUCUUGAGGAGAGGGACGUCUGGACAUACAUGAAGAACAACAGCUUGAGAGACAUGCAACAGAUGUAUGAACUGUGGCUGCAGCUCACCAAUCAGAGCAGACGCACAGAUAACUCCGCUGUGACCCCACCCCCAGAGGACAAGCAGGUCACCAUAACAGCAGAUUACACAGAAGGCAUGGGAGGCCGGCGGUUGUCAGACGGAGACGACCUCUAAACGCUGCUGUCGACUAGAGGCUGCUGAUCGCCGCUGAGCUGCAGACAGAGAGCUAGGCCUGCCACACCAGCUACAACCGAAUAGUCUGUCAUCUUGCCAGUCUGACCUCCUCUAGCAUCUACAAGAAAGCAAAUGGACACAGAAAAAUGGUUGGCCCCACCCUCAUAUAUGUAUACACGCAAAGAUUUACACACAACACACACAUCACAGGCACAAAUUAACACAAAAAGAAAGCUUUGAAAGUAACAUACAGGACUUCGGCUUUAGCGUUUCGUUUUAUGCCAUGCUGCAGUUACAUACGGCACCCUUAGGCUCCCCUCCAGCAGAUUGUACCACAGAAUUUCCAUAGACAACUAGUUUUGCUCUGACCCUGUUCCCUAGUGUUCUGACUGAGCAUCUGUGUCCACCAGGUACCUAUUUUCUAUUUCUUCUUAAAAUCCUAGCACUGAAACAAUACUUGGAUGGGCGCGCUGGUCGCAGCUCUUAAAUUUUGCUUGGAGAUAGUUGAAAACCCAAAUAAAGCUCGGCACCCUGACACUACUAAGAGUUGGAAUUUUAACUUUGGAGUGCCAAAAAACGCCAAGCUGUCAGUGCUAAUUAUGGUUGUGGAAAUUGAAGAAGCUAUGAAGCCGUGGAAAAACAGGUUCUUGGUGGACACACCUUGCCAAGCUCUGUAACAACCAAAUCCUACUCUCCUUCCUUCAUGGGAAUACAGUAAGAGGGUCAGAAUAACUUUAUGGAGAUUGAUUUUGAGCUUUUUUUUUUUUUUCUUUUUCCAAGGGGAGUUACACUUCCUUGUUAUAUUGUCUGCCAUAUUGGUAGAACACAUGAAUGUAACGCCUGCAUGGGCCUUCAAAAUGAGGAAAUUGGUAGAAAGGAAAAUGUUGCUGUGGUGGAAUAUAUGUAAGUAUACUUACAUGCCCAAAAAACUUGUGUAACAUGAUGGUCCCCCACUCCCUCCCUGACAGAACAAAGGCCCCCUGGUAACUGGUUAUGCAAUCACACCAGCCAUUCCUGCAUAGGACGAGCACAGACACACACACGUAUUUACCUUAAAAUUGCUGCCGUGGUGAAUCAACACGUGCUUGAACAUGAGAGCCCAAAAGUUAUGCUUUGGCAACCUGUGGCAAAAUUCAAUAUGGCUAGUGGCUCGGAGCAAUCAAGACGAUGUGCCCCAUAAAAUACUAUAAACUGUCUUGGUGUCUGGCUGUUGGUGUUGGAGAGCUGCAGCACACUUACACAGUCCUGGCAAUUGCUGCUCUCAGCAAUAGAUCAGGUCCGAUUGCAGAUCCCCGUACAGAAACGAAAUAAUGACCUCACUUGGACUGAAGCGCAGUGAAAAUACUGACCGUGCAGAAUACUUAGGUUGUGGAUAAAAGUUAAGAGCUUUGUAAUAAUUUAAGACAUAUAGAUGUCACGUUGAACAAUAAUUUAAACACAGGAAAGUUGUUAGAAAAUGCAUAGCAGAAAGAUUGGUAGAGAUGAUUAAGAAUAUAUUUUUCUAGUUGAUUGUGGAAAUAUAAGAUAAUUUGAAUGUAAGGGCAAGUUGCCACAUCUUCAGUUGAACUGGGGUCAUUGUUUCAAACCAAUCAAGCUCCCACAGCCUUCAGAUGGAAACCUGUGUUCCUCAUAUGCACCCAGAUGUUUUGUUCCUGAUAGCGAACGGCAGCCCUAAGGACCCUUUAUGGGAAACCUGCUAGCUUGACACAGGGACAUGAUUCGCACCACAUAUUGUGCCUAUAAACAACACAUCAACAAGUGACAUAACACAUGCAAACACACACGCACACACAUGCAUACAGGCAGGAUAUCUGUUGCCAUCUUAUUCUAGCCUUUAAUGUGGACAGAGACACGAUGAAGGUAUGUCUAUAUUCAGAUACACACAUAUUAUACAUAUUUACGAAUAAUGGUAUACUACUAAUAAUAAUUGAUAACUUAGCGGUUAAGCUUAAUAAAUAUAUAACCUGAAAACCUGUAUUGAUUACAUAGAAGAACUUCUUGUUAUUGAGGUAUUGCUAUAUGACAUGUAUCGCUGAACUAGAUGACUAUAGUGAAUUUUUUUUUUUUUUUUAAAGAUUCUUUUUAUUUUGAACAUUUUCCUUCUGUGUGGGUUGUUCCAGACAGGGUUGUCUGAGGGGAUUUCAGCAGAGGUUGAUAGAAGUUUCAGACUGAAUGUGCAGAGAUGGAUUAAAUCUUCACACUAAGAUCAGAGGGUUAAAUGUGACGCAAGUCACCCAGCUUGAGGUUUUUCAUUUCUUUUGUCACAACAGCAGCAGCCAAAUCAGAUGUACAGAUAAUGGUAUUGUUCCUGUUUUACAAUGUGUCUAUGAAAAUUCAGAGAAGCUGUACUUUACAUUUUAAGUAAUUGAAUAAUUCACCUGCCCAGAGCGACUUGCGGGAGGCUCUGUGCAUAAAAUCAGCUUUACUGUACAGAACCGUGAUGUUACACUCAACCAGUGCUGGAAAACAUGAUCAUUAGUCGUAAAACGUUAAAAAAAACAACAGAACAUUAAACCACAGGAUACUCUGCGUGUAUUUUGUAAUGUUCCAUUUUGUCUGCAGUCCCUUCAUUUCAGUCAGUGGACAAGUAGGAAAAAAAAGAGCAGUGGUUGUUAUACCAAAGGCUGCAUUGUCUUAAUGAUCCAGCACCUGAAAAACUGAAUGAUUGUCAGAUCACAGGUCAGGUUUUGCUGGUCACUCGGCAGCAGUUUGGCCAUUACUGGUAACCAGCCCUUGUCUGGAACAGCCCAGGUAUUAGCUUCUUCGAGGGAUCGUAUUACUACUACUCCUAGUAUUAUGAUGAAUAUGAUGACUAUAAUGAUUGCUAUCUAUUGACUAUUUCUAUUUCUCUUCUAUAUGCUAUUGAUAUAUGUAUGUUAAUUGCAAUGUAUAACUCUCUCUUUAUAUAUGUAUCCAUGUAUGAAUAUAAUAAUUAACAGUAAAUAUGCGUCUGUGUAUGCCGCAGUGCACAGCUCUGUCUGGGAGGCAGUGAGCAGAAAACGUUCAGCUUCUGAUCGCUACUGUAAGGUUCUUGAGUUUUUACGUCCUACAGAUUGUUGUAUUAUGAGCUGCUGUAGGAUGUCAGUAGUACAAGACUGUUAAAUAUUAAUGUCGUCUAAGCUGUAUGUAGGCCAAAGGUGAAAAAAAAAAAAAAGAUAGUAGAUGAUUGAAGUAUAUAUACUGUAAACCGUUUCCUUUGCAGUGUCUCCGUUUGAUCCUAACAUCAGAGCUCGCUGCUCACUGCCUGUGCUGUCUGUUUUUAUUUGAAUUGAUUCACCAGGCAAGGACAGAUCUGGAAACAAAAGCAUACAUAGAGGCCUAUAUACUCCCGUAUAGCGCCUUAUUCGAUAUACUACACCUAUAAGAUGAUACAUACCCCUAUUGUAUAAUCCUGCUUACUAUAUACAGUAUAUGAUAUCUGAUACCUAUUAUAAUACUUAGACACCCUUAUAAGGUAUUUUAGAUAAGAGAUGAUGGGCUGUCUUUUUUUCUGUGGCUGGAAAAGUGUGCUGUGGUCAGAAAUGUGUUCUCAUCUUGUUUUUCAAGGAGUUAAUUUGGAAAAGUUCGAAGGGCGACACCUGCUCAAAUGCUCUGAUAUUCAGUUAUCAAUUGAGGAUAUAUACAAAGCAGCUGAGAUGGAAAAUGAAUAUAGGUCUCUAACCAAAAACUGGUGGAAAGGAACUGUGGCUGAUAAUCAAAAAUUAGAAUUUUAUUUUAAAACUUUAUGUAGCCACAUGAAAAGGUGAACACUUUUUUAAGUGGAAAAAAAAUGUUUAAAUUCUUGCAUUUGAAUACAUGUUGCUGUAAGCUGUUAAAGCUGAAAAAGCUACGAGCAUUUGAGGUGAAGCUCCUCUUCCAGUGUCGGAGUAAGGCCAGAAUUAAUGAUGUCACUGACACACACAGAGAAAAAAACUGGACGCCUGCGCUGCAUGUUGUGUGUUGUUAAAGGCAGACGAAUCAUGACACAAACUUUCAAGGGAGGCGUGUGGCUGUGGUUGUUCCCCAGAUUUGCUGUCUGUAAAAAAAUAGGAAGUAAUGACGUUGUGUACUUUUACAGCCGAUUUUACUCUGAAAAGUGGAGGAAUACCGUGAAACCUCAAGUUUGCUCGGCAGAGGAUUUGAACCUGGUGCCAAAUCGCUGAUUGACUCCUAAUAUUCUUAUAAUAUUCUUCUGAUAACAAAUAUACUUGUGCAGAAGAUAUUUGGCAUUACAUUGUCUCGGUGUUAUGUCCUGCAACAGCAUGAUCAAUGCUGUGCACCAAUCCGAGCUAACUAGACUCUUUGGUUCAGCAUAUUGCAGCUAAGAAAACAUGUUGUUUUCACUUCAGAGGGCUUGUAAGCAGAUCGUUUUUAGAAGGAUUUAUUAUUCAUGCCGACAUCUUUACUGACUUAGAGAGUGUUUUGACAUCCUUUUCAACACCAGUGGAAGAGUGCUCAGUGAAAACGGCGUAACUCAACUGCAUUCAUCGUGUUACUCAUACCAGUUCAACGGUGAAGACUUUGACCUUUCAUGUGUUCUAAGCUCAGCAGACCUAACUACUGAACAAGAUACCUCCAGCAUGUGCAGGCUCUCUCUUUUGCUUUUCUUGCCUUCCUUACAAUACACUAAUUAUUAUUAUUAUUAUUACCUUUUAUUUUUUUCCAAAUUCAGAAGAUCAGUGCUCACAUCUAUUAAAAAAAAAAUUCUGCUCUAGACGUCGUGUCUCGUUUCUAAAUAAAUCAGCCCUAGCAAAAUGUAAUAAUUCUUUAAUGUGUUAAUGAAGUUCCUGAAAAACAUGUACUGUUUGGGCAUCAUUUUGGUUGAUAUCACUUGAUUUGAAGUUAUAUUCUGUUUUGACAAAAGUAGCUUUUAGUUGAAUCCAAACUGAGUUUGUGAAUCAGUCGUGGUUACUACAGCCGGCUGCAGUUUAGUCAAAUUUUAUGGUCCUCUGCUGUGAAAAGGCGUCAUACCAACCCCCGUUACUUGUCUUUCCCCUCCAGUUUGUGUCAUUUGAUUCGCAGCACCAAGACACCUACACAGCCAAGAAAGGUCGUAAUGAAUCGGUUUUCAAUAAGUUCAAAAAGUUUAUGGGUUAUUUCACUUGUUUUCAACAACUUAAAUGAAGAAACCAGGGUUGUAAGAAGUGGAAAAAACAAGGCCUCUUUUUGUACUGUAUUUUUACAUUUUGUUGUUUCAUGUUUUGUUUUUUCCUCUCGACUUUGUUUUCUCUUUUCUCCUCCCUGGUUGGACGUUCAUGAUCACACACGUGGACCAAAUCUCUUGAAAGCAUUUAAUAAACUGUUUUAGGAAAAAACAA